GCGAUAUCCUGGGGUACCCUUACUCGGUUCUGUUUUCUCCAUUCUUCAGUCCUCUGGUUUGUGCACGAAGUCUUCCGGUGUCACUCCUUGUUAUCUUGCACGAAAAGGUCCCCUCAGACGUCGUCAGUGAGAGCUCUUGAUAUUUUUGACACACGUGUGUCUCCACCAACUCCGAUCACCACUGCUUCAUAUCUCUCGGCUUAGUGCCCUUGUCAGGAUGGGCUCCAUUGGCUACAAAGUCACAGGCGAUGAUUACGCCCAUCCUUUGAUUUCAGAACGGGCGAUUGACGAACCGAGGCCGUUGAAGGUCAUCUAUGUCGGCGCCGGUGUAUCAGGGAUAUGCGCCGCAAUCCAAUUCCCCAAGGCUGUCCCCAACCUAGAGCUUGCCAUCUAUGAGAAGAAUGCAGAUGUGGGUGGGACGUGGUUCGAGAAUAGAUAUCCAGGCUGCGCUUGCGAUAUUCCCGCACAUUCGUACCAGUUGAGUUUCGAGUCGAACGUGGAAUGGAGCAAGUUCUAUGCCGGAGCGCCGGAAAUCUUGGAGUAUUGGCGGAAAGUGGCCGAUAAGUACGAUAUCCGAAAGUACAUGAAAUUCAACCAGAAAUGCAUAGAAGCUAGAUGGAACGAGGAAACAUGCAAAUGGCAUGCCAAGUUCCAGAAAGUGGGCUCGGAUGAGAUUAUCGAGGAUGUUGGCGACGUCUUUAUGACGGGCAGUGGGGUGUUAAACGAAUGGAAGUGGCCCGAUAUCAAAGGACUGCAUGAUUUCAGAGGCAAACUGAUGCACAGCGCGAAUUGGGACACUAGCUAUGAUGCAACGGGUCAAAGCAUUGCCGUCAUUGGUGCGGGCUCGAGUGGCAUCCAGAUUGUUCCAACUCUGCAACCCAAGGUCAAGUCUAUGGACUGCUACAUCCGUGGGCGUACAUGGAUUGCUGCGACUUUCGGCAAUGAGCUUGUGCGGGAACGAAACGACGGACAAGACGGCAAUUUCGAAUACACCAAAGAAGAAGUGGAAAAUUGGAAGAAGGAUCCAGAGUCAUACAUCAAGUACCGGAAAGCACUCGAAGUUGGAAUGCAAGGCAACUUUGCUCUAACCCAUCGCGGAACGAAAGAGCACGAGGGAGCAACGGUCCAAUUCAAAGAGGACAUGGGCAAGCGGCUCGCUAAGAAGAAGGAGAUUGCUGACCAUCUGAUCCCGGACUUUCCGCCGCUUUGCAAACGUCUUACUCCAGGACCUGGCUACCUUGAGGCGUUGACAGCGGACAAUGUCAAUGUUGUGUAUGAGAAGAUAUCUCACGUCGACGAGACGGGCAUUACGACUACCGACGGCAAGCACCGGCCUGUCGACACAAUCAUAUGUGCGACAGGCUUUGACACUUCGUUCCAAGGCCGGUUCCCGAUCUAUGGUCGUGGAGGGGUCAAUCUUCAAGACCGAUACAAAGUCCGGCCAGAGACGUAUCUGACCGUCACUGUCGACAAGUUCCCCAACUUCUUCCAGUCUUUGGGUCCCAAUGCAGGUGUGGGCAAUGGCAAUCUGUUGAUCAUUGCUGAAGCUAUCGCACUGUAUGUGGCCCAAAUCUUGCAGCGAUUGGCUCAAGGGAACGUCAAGACCAUUGAGCCGAAAAGAACGCAAGUCGAAAACUUUACGAAUUACUGCGAUGCCUACUUCAAGCGGACAGUGUUCUCCGCUACUUGUGGUUCAUGGUAUAAGUCUGCACCGCCCAAUGCAACACCAGAGGAGCGAAAGAGGGGGCGAGUUACGGCUCUUUGGCCUGGUAGCAGUAUACAUGCGAUCAAAGCGCUCGAGAGGGUGAGGUUCGAUGAUUUUGAGAUGACGACAGUGGAUGGGAAUGAAUUUGGAUGGUUUGGAGAUGGAUGGGCAGUUGCAGAAAGGUCAGGCCAUGUGGAAGGUCUGUCAUGGUAUCUCAACGGUACCAGAUUCACGCAUGAGCCCCUUGGAAAGGAAGAGAAGCUGGUGGUGACCGAGGACAAAGUGGUGAAGCAUGCGGAUGAGGGCGUGCAGAAGGGAGAGAUUGCUGAGGAGUUUCGAGUCCCGGAUGGGAUACCUACUACUUGA